AUGGCUGCCGUUGACGAAGAGCGUCUGGUUACCAGCAUGGAGCUAGAACUGCAGCUCAGGAAGGAGCACGCGGCGCUGGGGAACGCGCUGGUGCUGAGCUCGUUGGAGCCUCUGACAGAGAACAUCAACUCAGCUGCUGACAUGCUGCUUCUCCUCAACGAUAACUGGGAUUGGCUGAUGAGCUCUCUGGACCAAUCAGGGACGGACGAGUGGCUGGCAGUGGAGGUGGAGCAUCAGGACGACUUCGCCGCCCUCAUGACCGCCAUUCAUUCCACCCGCACCACCCGCCUUGUGGCCUCGGGAUCGUCGCUCAUGGAGCAAGCCCAGGGCCUCACCGCCUCGCCUGCUGCCUGGGGGGUGAGUGUGAGUGAGAGGCGGUUUGUGAUUCUGUGUGGGGAGGUCCGGGGGUGGAGGGCUUGGGAGGCCGCCUAG